GACCAAUCCAAUCCAAUUCAACGGGAAACCAAUCGAUCAAAAACCCAAUCUUUGACUUCCCUCUCAUCUUCUCUCUCUAGAGAUUCAAGCAGACAGCCAGCCACCAUUGAUGAACAUUUUUCCUCUUCUUUGAAUAUCCCUUUUCUUCAAACCCUUUCCAUUUUCUUUAUCCCCUUCUCUCGCCUUUUCUUGAUUCAUCAUUAGUUUAUUGCUUCUUUCUAUUCCUGAAUUACGUGAAACUUGCUUCCACUUUUAGCAGGAAUUCAGGAUCCUCCAAUGAUUUCCAGGUUCUUGGGCUACCUCGUACUCCUCCUGUUCCUGUUCGCGGCAAUGGAAUCCGCCGGCGGGACUUACACCCAGAAAUCCAACAUCUCUCAUCUCGCCGGAAUCGAAUUUCCGGAUCAUAUGAGUUUCAGUGGGGCAUCUGUUUCCGACUGCGGCCUCGCAGAAUCAAAUCCAGAGAAAUCUGAAUCUAACCCAGAUGGAAUCAAACAGGCUCCGUCAGUGAAGCUUCAAUUGAAUCACCGGCGACGGAAUCCAGAUAUGAAUCCUAAAGAUUCCGUUUUCGAGUCAACUUCUCGAGAUUUAGUCAGAAUUCAGACACUACACAAAAGGAUUGUAGAGAAGAAGAAUCAGAACAGUUCAUCAAGACAGAAGAAAUACAACUCUCCUCCAUCGCCGUCCUCUUCGCCGGAUUCCUCCAAAUCUGAAUUUUCCGGCCAGCUGAUGGCUACGCUAGAGUCAGGCGUAAGUCUCGGUUCCGGCGAAUAUUUCAUGGAUGUUUUCGUGGGUACACCUCCAAAACAUUUCUCAUUAAUUCUAGACACUGGUAGUGAUCUAAAUUGGAUUCAAUCUGUUCCUUGUCAUGAUUGUUUUGAACAAAACGGACCUCAUUAUAAUCCAAACGAAUCAUCUUCCUUCAAGAACAUAUCUUGUCAUGACCCACGUUGCCGUUUAGUUUCAUCCCCUGAUCCAGUACAACCCUGUAAAACAGAGAAUCAAACAUGCCCUUAUUACUACUGGUACGGUGAUAGUUCAAACACAACCGGCGAUUUCGCACUCGAAACCUUCACAGUAAAUCUCACAAACCCUGCCGGCGAAUCCAAAUCAACCCAAGUCAAAAACGUCAUGUUCGGCUCCGGCCAUUGGAAUCGAGGGCUUUUCCACGGCGCCGGUGGAUUAUUAGGGCUUGGAAGAGGUCCAUUAUCAUUCUCAUCUCAACUUCAAUCUCUUUACGGCCAUUCAUUUUCCUACUGUCUAGUUGACCGUAACAGUAAUUCAAGUGUCACAAGUAAACUCAUAUUCGGAGAAGAUAAGGAUAUUCUAAAACACCCACAAUUGAAUUAUACGAAAUUCGUGGGUGGAAAUGAAAACCCAGUUGAAACAUUCUACUACGUUGAAAUCAAAUCGAUAAAUGUCGGGGGAGAGACAUUGAAUAUACCGGAAAAGACGUGGGUUUUGUCGGCGGACGGCGGCGGUGGUACGAUCGUUGAUUCAGGAACGACACUUAGCUAUUUUGCAGAUCCGGCUUAUAGAAUUAUAAAAGAUGCGUUUAUAAAGAAGACGAAAGGUGGGUAUCCUUUGGUGAAUGAUUUUCCGAUAUUGGAUCCUUGUUUUAAUGUAAGUGGAGUUAAGGAAUUGGAUCUUCCAAGUUUUGCGAUCAAUUUUAGCGACGGAGCGGUUUGGAAUUUUCCGGUGGAGAAUUAUUUCGUGAAGUUGGAACCGGAGGAAGUUGUUUGUUUGGCGAUUUUGGGGACGACGACUCAUUCUUCAAUGUCUAUAAUUGGAAACUAUCAACAGCAGAAUUUCCAUGUUUUGUAUGAUACUAAGAAUUCUAGGUUAGGGUUUGCUCCGACCAGAUGCGCCGACGUUUGACCGACCGAAAAAAAAAAACAGUUUUGGUGUAAAAAAUGAUGGAACUUGGAAGGAUGGGAAUUUUUUUAUUUUAUUGAUGGUUUACCAAAAUGGAGGUAAAAUAAAAUUCAAAGUAUUAUCUAUUAUAAAAUUUCAUGUAUCAUUGUUGAUAGGAUUUUACUAAUGAAAUGUGAUCAUUUUUAACAUCUUGAAACAAUUUUUUUUUUUUUUAAUUAUGAUUUUCAGAGAAUUAAAG